AUCAAAAUCUUUAAUGAGAUUGAGUUUACACAAUUUGACAUCCCAAAUAUUUCCAUUUUUGAAAAUCCUCCCAAAAUUCUCAACUUUUUUUCUCUCUCAAUCAUCCUUUCACAAUACAGCACGUAUCACGGUGGAGAUUGAAAAUGAUUCACAUGCGUUCUCUUUCUAUAAUCUCCAUUGAUGAACCUUCACUUCAAUGAACAGAAAGAGGAAGAAUUUUACUUUUGAAGAAGAAGAUGAUGAUGAUGGUGACAAGUACGAUUCCAACAACUACGAUUACGAAAAGGAAAUUGUUUCGCCAUUGUUGUUUCUUUAAGCAGAACUUGAAGAUUGUGAUUUUUGUGUUGAUUUUAGUUUGCGUAUUCGGAUUCUGGCAAUUUCAGUAUGAAUCCAUGUUUUCUUCGAAUUCCUCGCGAAUUUCUCGGCGUGUAGGUUCCAGUUUCUUCGUUGGUCCUCCUAAGAUCGCUUUCCUGUUCCUCACUCGCCGUCAUCUUCCUCUUGACUUUCUAUGGGGUAGCUUCUUCGAGGAAGCUGAUGUAGCUAGUUAUUCAAUAUACAUACACUCAGAGCCGGGUUUUGUGUUUGAUGAAUCCACUACGCGGUCUCCUAUAUUUUUUGGUCGGCAGUUGAGCAAUAGCAUUCAGGUAGCAUGGGGCGAGUCGAGUAUGAUUGCAGCAGAGAGGUUAUUACUCGAUGCAGCACUGGAGGACCCUUCCAAUCAGAGAUUUGUUCUUCUCUCAGAUAGCUGUGUUCCAUUGUAUAAUUUUAGCUACAUAUAUCACUAUGUUAUGGGAUCCCCAAGGAGUUUUGUAGACAGUUUUUUGGAUAAAAAAGAAAAAGAACCUCGCUAUAACUCAAAGAUGUCGCCUGUUAUAAAGCACGACAAAUGGCGAAAAGGUUCACAGUGGUUCACUCUGAUCCGGAGGCAUGCUGAAGUGGUGGUUGAUGAUGAACUUGUUUUCCCGAUUUUCAGAAAGUACUGCAAGCGACGUCCUCCGGUCGAUGAGUCAAAGGGAAAGCUGAAUCUGAAGCUCCAGAAACAACAUAAUUGCAUUCCGGAUGAGCAUUAUCUACAGACAUUGCUUUCUAUGAAAGGAUUGGAGAAAGAACUUGAACGUCGGACAUUGACCUAUACUCUAUGGAAUGAAUCUGCCUCAAAAAUGGAAGGGAAAGGCUGGCAUCCUGUUACCUUCAGUUAUUCAACUGCUACUCGUCAACGUAUUAAAGAGAUAAAGGAUAUCAAUCAUAUAUAUUACGAGACAGAGUUCAGAACGGAAUGGUGCCAAACCAAUUCCACCGGAGUUCCAUGCUUUCUGUUUGCUAGGAAAUUCUCACAAGGAGGUGCUAUGCGGCUUUUGAGCGAGGGGUGGUUAGUAUAAUCAUCUUUAAUUUUCUCAAAAUGGUGCUGUGAUGUUCCUCCGUGGCUUCUGUAGAUUUUCCAAGUAGCACGUCUAACCCUUACCUUAUAUUUGAAAAAUACACGAUCUUGGUAGCUGGCUAUGGGUGGUAUGAUGGCUCAUUUUACAAAUACGAUAUCGUAGACAAGAUUACCAAUAGAAGCAAUACUGUAACGUAAUGAACCAACUAUUGAGAAUACUAGCACAAAGAAAUCAGAACAAGGAUUUAGGAUGUAGAUUAUUGUUUUCUCCCUGAUUAAUUUUGAUUUUACAAUUAAAUAAGUAGGGGUGUAUCUGACUUUGAAUGUACAAAAUUUAAUGGCAUUUUUUUGAUUAUGAGUUAAA